UCGAGGCAGCCAAGAGCGGUACGUCCUCAGGGUGCAGGAGGCGUGUCGCUGUGAUCAAAGAGAUCCUCAGUUCAUCUCUGUGACUGCGUGUGAACCCCGAGCCAAACACAGCGCAACUGGAUUUUCCAGAUUGCAGAAGCUAUGUGCACGUCGACCCAACAACUUCAGACCACUUCCCCGUAUAGAGAGGGAAAGAGCAGUUCAGUCUCAUCUUUCAAACUCGUCCGCCAUGUCGCUCUCUCUCCUGCUGCUGCUGCUGGGCUCGGCCCGGGCUUCUCUGUUCCACGGGUCGGUGCUGACUUACUACCCAAUAAACACCAACGAGGACGGAUCCACCACGAUGGUCCUCCGCUACAAGCUGACCUACGACCUCUGCUCCAAGAGCGACGUCUGGGUCUGCCUGGACGGUGAUUGCGGGUUUCUGAGUUCUUACGCGCUGAAGACGGUGGACCAGAACAGCAGCGCGGCGUGGUGCCAGAGGGAGGGGAUCCAGACCCGGCGGUUCCAGAGAAACGCGCCCUUCAUGAUGGAAUUCUUCGGUGGUCUUUGGAGCAGUAACAGAAACGGCAUCAGCUACAUGACGUCGUUGACCUCGGUGGAGCUGAGGAAGAGGUCGGACACGGGUCGGGUCAACUCGUCCCCGCAGACCAACAUCCUGCCAGAACUCAGAGUUCCUUCAAACUGUCAGAGAGACCUUGACCUGUUGACCUUUGACCCCGACGGAGACGAGGUCAGAUGCAGAUAUGGAACGAGAGCUGCAUUGGAGUGUGUUCAAUGCACACCGGCCCCCGUCCUCAGCCUCUCCUCCUCCUGUACGUUGUCUUUCAGCUCCACCGUUCCCAGUAACGAAGGAACUUACGCUGUCCAGCUGGUGAUGGAGGACGUCGCCAGGCGACCCGUCACCGUGACUCGGAACGACGGGGCGGAGACCGUCCUCCAGGCCGGCGCCCCGAUCGGCCAAUCGGCUGUCGACUUUACUUUCAUCGUGGAUCCCGCGGUGGAGUCCUGCACCGAGGGACUCUACCUGCCCAGGUUCCUGCCCCCGACCCCGGCUAACAGAGCUCGGCUGUCCGCGCCCGUCGACCGGCCGCUUGAGAUCAGCAUCAAGGCGGAGGCGAAUAUCUCCACGAUUUCCGAACUUCUGUUCAGCGGGCCGUACAACACGAUUAAGACGUCAUCGGGGGCGGGGCAGUACACCCUGAGAUGGACGCCGUCCGAGGGCGACGGAGAGAACCAGCCCUUCUGCUUCGCCGUCCAGGCCGUUUUCAAUGCGGUCCAGUUUCAGUCGGAGCUCCGAUGUGUCGUCGUGACGAUCGGAGACGGUGAGCAGAAACACCCUCCUUUGUUCUUGUCUUCCGGACUCCAGCGCCAGAGUCUUCGAUAGACCCUUCCUGCUACCGACCCAACAACGGCAACUCCACCCUGAACUACUACCCCACGAACUACAACCAGCAGUUCAACUACGACCCCACGAACUACAACCAGCAGUUCAACAACUGCCACUCCACCCUCAACGACUACUACCAGUGUUCCUGAGCCGAAAUUCGUAAUUUGUGAUAUUGGGCGAUAAAAUGAAACUGGAUUGAACCGGUCCGUCCGGCCGCGGCUCCGUCUCGUCACACGGACUUAUUCCCCUCAGUCUGCUGGUACUUCUUGGUCUCGACAGCCAUCAUCAGUUGUGGUUUACUAGAUGUUGGUUAGACGAAGGAAAUGUAGAAGUUCUUUGUUUUUUUAAAUUGAGCAAUUCUGUAUACUUUGCAUGAUUACAAAACUUGACAUGGUUGAAUAACUACAUGUUGACUUUCUCUGAGCAUUUAAUUCUAUAAGUUCUUGACAAGGAAAUGCUGAAAAAUAAAAAUACUUUCUAAUCUAACCGCU